CCGUGAGGACGGGAGGCAAAUGGCGGCAGCAACGUUAUCAUCAUCACCGUCUUGUCAUCUCUUCCACCGUCUCCUCCGUCCACCACCGCUACCCGCACCUCCCUCCUCUAUCCUCUCACUCAAACCCCUCUUCUCCUCCGCCGCUUCUACUGCCAGCACCGCCGCCACUCUCGUUGCCCUUUGCCUCCAGGCCCCACUGCGCUCCGCUGCCCUUCCCCGCCGCUUCUCCACCUCGCUCUGCUCUUCCCACAAGCCCCUUCCACCUCGCUUGUCCGCCUCUGCCAUCCACACCCACUCUGUUCCCAAACCCGAGCCUAAAAUUCUCGAUGAUGAUGAGUAUGAUGAUUAUGACCAGGAGGAGGACUAUGGCUACGACGACGACGGUGGUAGCGGCGCAGAAAGUGAAAUCCAUUUGGGGAAAAUGGAAUUGGAGGGGAAUGUGAACGCAAGCCCCCGAUUGGAAAAUGUGAAGCCUCCUCCAAGUCUCACAGUGAAGGAAAAGAAAGAGGUUGCGUCUUACGCCCACGGGCUUGGGAAGAAGCUUAAGACCCAACAGGUGGGCAAGUCCGGCGUCACUGCCUCCGUGGUCUCUUCCUUCAUUGAAACCCUCGAAGCCAACGAGCUCCUCAAGGCAGUAGGCAGCAGGCAGCAUAAAGAAGAAGGAGAAGAGGAGGAGGAGGAGGAAGAAGAACUGAAAAAGAAGAAGAAGGAGAAGAAGAGAAGCAGCAGGCAGCAGGAUGCAGCACACAGGCAGCAGAAAGAAGAAGAAGAAGAAGAAGAAGAAGAGAAGCAGCAGGCAGUAGGAAGCAGGACGCAGCACGCACGCAGCAGAAAGAAGAAUAAGAAGAAGAAGACUUACAAAGGUUCAAAGGCUCAAAGACUCAAAGACGAGCUCGCUGCUGGUUCGAAAUGUAGUAGAUGACGUGACGAACUCAUGGCUGGUUCAAAGGCUGGCAGACGAACUCGCAAAGGCUCGUGCAGGUUCGAAACGAAGUCGCGAAGGGUCGUGCUUCUUCGAAAUGUUGAAGACGAACUCACAGUCUUGGUUUGAAGCUCUAAGAUGAGGUUGCGAAGACUUCUGGCUGGUUCAAAGGCUCACAUACGAACUCACGCUGCUGGUUCGAAGGAUUGCGAAGGCUCCUGCUGGUUUGACUGUGCAAGACAAACUCACGAAGGGUUGUGGGGCUUCAAAGGGCCGAAAGGGGCUAGGGCUCCUGUUCGUUUGAGUCGAAUGAGGGCUACCGCUCUGGCUGUGGCUAUUUCUCUCAUUUAAAAGAGUAAAAUUUUACAAGGCGCGACUCACUGCGCCUCUUGCCUCACUGUGCCUCGUCUCGCCUCGCCUCGCGUCGCCUCUUGCCGGUCGCCUCGCCCCACAUGGUUUGAGGCACAAACCUCUUCGCCUCACUGUGCCUUGCGCCUCGCUUUUAACUACUAUGGUAUCUGGAGAUGGGGCCUUAUUAGGCCUUCUCUUCAGAAGCAAAUCAUUAGCAUUAAACUCUUUCAAGAAAUCCAUAGCAAAUUGGAUUUUUGCUAUUUUAAUUCAUGUACAUUUCUUAUACUUGAUAGGUCACAUUAUAAGUUCUGUUGUAAUCAAAAUCAAUUUAACAUGUUUUAGAACCUGCCUUCAGCUGCUGAGAUUUACUAGCCUAGAUCUCCACUGGAGAAAGUUUGAAGUUGACUUGGUUGGGGCCUACGAGGAACCAGCCAAUUCUGCUCUUGCCUUCGGUCGAAAAGGCUAUCUAUGUUUGGAUAGAAUUGUUAAAUAUGAAAUUUUUGCAUAGGC